AUGGUGGAACAGGAACAGAUGCUGAUCAAGGCCGCCGAGCAUGUCAAGAGUGCCAUCUCUCAGCGCCACUACUAUCAGAAGAAGAAGGAAGAAGCGAUGGCUACAAUGGAGAACAAUCCGGCUGAACGUUCUCUCUGUUAUGUCGCAGAUUACUCACAGAACAUGGCCGUUCCUUCCUUUUCCUUUGAACAACCCGGUGAGACCUAUUACUAUUCGCCCCUUGCUGCCUACUGCUUUGGUGUUGUGGACUGUGCAACGGACCAUCUUUCUGCUUACACUUACACAGAAGACAUCGCGAAGAAAGGUGGAAACAACGUGGCUUCUCUUCUUUGGCACCAUCUUUGGCUACAGAAGGUCCUCUCUACAGAUGAGCCGUUCAAGGAGAUCACCUUUAUCUUCGACAACUGUUCCGGUCAGAACAAGAACAGGAUGGUGCUUCGACUGCUAUUCUUUUUGGUGAAGCUUGGCAUUACAAAGGUUGCUCGUGCUUCCUUCCUGAUUAGAGGCCACACGAAGAACGACUGUGACCGACUCUUCAAUGUCAUGAAGAAAGGCUACCGCAACAGCAACAUCUACUUACCAGCUGAUCUGGUGGAGUCGAUGAAGCACAAACAAGUCACUCCAGUUUGGUGCGAUGCCAACGUCUUCUUCGACUGGGACAGUGGUGAAGACAAGUACCUUACACGUCCAACCAAAGUGAAGUCUUACCACGUAUUCACUUUUGAUAUCGACAAGGACGAUGGUGACACAUUGACAAAGAUGUACUCGCACAAUAUCAACCAGAAGAUUCGACAGAACAUGGUGAAAAAGGAGUUUCGUGGCAAGGAUAAAGCAUUCUGGAAAGGUGUUACCCAGACACUUGACAGGAUUGAUCCGGUUGGCAUCCAAGACAUCAAGUGGAGGGAGCUUUAUGACAAGUGGGGCCCUCUCAUUCCAGCGGAGAAGAAGCUAGGGCUCAUGUACUAUCACGAAGACCCUGGUGUAGAGCGUCGCAACAAGAUCAAAGCCAACACCAAGAAAGCCAAAGAUGCGAGGAAAGGGCGAACCACCAGUGCUGCCACCACUACUAAGGAGUAA